UCAUAUUCAAAAUCAAAAUUCAAUGAGAGAAGUAAAUGUUCAUACAUGACAUACAUUAAAAUCUUAAGAAAAAAAUGUUUUUCAAAAUAUUAAUUGGUUUUUGCCUAGCUAAUAUUGUUUUGAGUGGUCCAGAAGAAAAUGAAGGAGUUAAAUUUGCCAGUAAAUGCGAAACGUGUAAAAUCUUAGCCACGGAGUUACAGGAAAGGUUGAGUGAAACCGGCAAAUCUCAUGAUGUUCUUGAACUUGGUUACUCCUUAGACGAAGUCAAACCAAAGAAACGUACUGAAUAUCGUCGAAGCGAACUACGCCUCGUGGAAUCUAUUGAAAAUGUUUGCGACCGAAUUUUGGAGUACAAUUUACAUAAAGAACGACAAGACAGUACUCGAUUUGCCAAAGGCAUGCCCCAAACAUUCCAGGCGCUACAUGGUCUAGUAGACAAGGGUGUAAAAGUUGAUUUAGGUAUUCCGUAUGAACUGUGGGAUAAGCCACCAAUCGAAGUCACGCAAAUGAAGACGCAGUGCGAAUACUUUCUAGAGAAAUAUGAAGAUGCUAUAGAAGACUGGUAUUUUAAGCAUCAAGAAAAGCCGCUUAUAAAACAUCUCUGCGAAGAAAAGGCUCUUCCAAAACAUGACCAAAAAUGUCUUUCUGAAGUUGCCUCACCUCUUAAAGACAACCACAAUGAAAGCGGGAAUUCCAAUGGUGACAGGAGCAGCAAAGAAGAGUUGUAGAUUUUAAGGUUUAGAAUAUUUAGAAACAAAAUAAAAGAAAAAAAAAUACUUGAA